GCUAACAUGCCAAGCUUGUUAUAUAAGAAAUACAAAUUUUCCUUAUUUGUAGCAUGCCCAAGCUUGAGGAAAGUCCCACAUGUCCUUGUUGUUCAUGGAGAAAGUGGUGCUACAGAAGAUCACCUUAAGAAAGUAAAACCUGCCAAUUGGGUCCUUCACAAGCCCCCACUUCCUAUAGCAUAUGGAACACACCAUUCCAAAUUCAUGCUUCUUGUAUAUCACAGUGGAGUUCGUGUUGUUGUGCACACAGCAAAUUUAAUAUAUGUUGAUUGGAAUAACAAAACCCAGGGAUUGUGGAUGCAAGACUUCCCUUGGAAAGACAACAAUUCAUGCAAGGAUUCUUUUUUCGAAAAUGACCUGGUUGAUUAUCUCAAGAUGCUAAAGUUGCCUGAGUUUACUGCCAAGCUACCUGCAGUUGGAAAUGUCAGCAUCAAUGCAUCUUUCUUCAGGAAGUUCGAUUAUAGCAGUGCAAUGGUGAGGUUGAUUGCAUCAGUUCCUGGAUAUCAUACGGGUGCUAAUUUGAACAAGUGGGGGCAUAUGAAGUUACGAAGUGUUCUUGGGAAUUGUAUAUUUGACAAAGAAUUUUGUAAAUCCCCUCUUAUAUAUCAGUUUUCCUCUCUUGGUUCUCUGGAUGAGAAGUGGCUGUCUGAGUUAACAGUGUCCAUGUCCUCUGGUGUUUCAAGUGAUAAAUCUCCACUGGGGAUUGGAAAACCUCACAUAAUCUGGCCAACUGUAGAGGAUGUUAGAUGCUCCAUUGAGGGUUAUGCGGCUGGCAAUGCAAUUCCAAGCCCACAAAAGAAUGUAGAGAAGGAUUUUCUAAAAAAAUAUUGGACGAAAUGGAAGGCUAACCAUGUAGGUCGCUGUCGUGCAAUGCCUCAUAUAAAAACGUACACUCGGUACAAUGGUCAGAACCUUGCUUGGUUUCUGCUUACUUCGGCAAAUCUAAGCAAAGCUGCUUGGGGUGCAUUACAGAAGAACAAUUCCCAACUAAUGAUACGAUCUUAUGAGUUGGGGGUACUAUUCUUGCCUGCUUAUGUGAAGGACCUUGGGAGUUGGUUUUCAUGCGCAGGCAAUGAUGGAACGGAACAGAUAGCACAUGAGAACUCCUCCUCCUCCUCCAAGCCUUGGAGUCUGGCAACUCUCUGCUUAAAUGAUGAUGCCUCUGAAGUGAUACAGUUACCCGUGCCAUAUCAACUCCCUCCUCAACCGUACACCUCCGAAGAUGUGCCAUGGUCGUGGGACAGGCGAUAUACCAAGAAGGAUGUGUAUGGUCAGGUGUGGCCGCGCCAUGUUCAGCUGUAUGCGAAACAAGACACUUGACCACCUUUGGUUCCUGCUUUGCAAGGGAAGGGGCGGGGGGAGCAGGAGGAAGGCCCCCGAAGAUGUGUCGUUCAAGAGAGAGAGAGUGGCUUUAAUUGCAAACGCAUGAAGCUUAAUCUUGUGACACCACUGAUUCUGAAUCAAACUGUAUUAGGUUAGGUCCCCAUGUGGGGGCCUAAAUCCACGACUCCAGUUCCAUGGAUACCAAGUUCUCGCAACCUUAUGCCUCGCGGAAAGAUACGAUGAAUACUGGUUUUCAAUCUGAUCUGGUUCGUU